UUACACCCACACAUCACAGGCUAUCGCCCCCACUGUGGGUCUCCACUGGAGCCGUGACUGAGCGAGGGAACAGGACACACUGAGCUGUCAGAGGAGAGAGAGAGAGAAAGGGAGAGGGAGAGGGAGAGAGAGAGAGAGAGAAAGAGACAGUGAGAGAGAGAGGGAGAGACAGUGAGGGUAAGACAGCGGAGAGAGUGAGGGUGAGAGAGAGAGGCACACAGGCAAAGAGGGAGAGAGAGAGUGUGAGGGGGAGGGAAGGAGAGAGAGGGAGGAAGCCUAAGCAGGUAGUGGGAGAGACAGAGUUGUGGAAGAGAAAGAGAGGGAGUACAUCAGAACAGUGAAAGAGUGCAAGAAUACAUGUGUGGGGUAAACUGACCAGACAAAGAGAGAAAAAGUGAAAUAGAGAGAGUAGAAGGGAGAAAGACAUAGAGGGAGAAAAAGUCAUAGCACAGAAUCAGCAAGCAGGAAUUUGUCUGAACAGAGAAAGCAAGAGAGUGAGAGUGGGAGAGUAAGAGAAGAAAGAGGGAGAGAGUAAGAGAGAAAGAGGGAGAGUGUAAUAGACAAGAGGGACAGAGAGUAACAGAAAGAGAGUAAGAGAGAAGAGGGAGAGAGCCAGAGAGAAAGUGGGAGCCCAGGAAAUCGCAGGCAGCCUCUUUACGCAGCUGCAGCUCCAAGCCAAAAAGGAGGAAAAAAAGGAAAAGGAAGCACAAGAGUUCCAGUGUCCCGACUGAAAAGCGUGUCUCCAGGAAGCGGGGUCCUGCUGGGGGGAAGAUGGACUCGGACUCCGGGGAGCUCAGUGAAGGAGAGCUUUCACCAGGCCAGGAGAGCUUCAACUCCAAGAGCCUGGCCUUGCAGCUACAGAAGAAGAUCCUGAGCAAGAUGGCGACCGUGGCGGUGGCCAACCUGCUGACGGACGACACCAGCAGCGAGAUCCUGGACGAGCUGUACAAGACCAGCCGCGAGUACACCAAGAGCAAGAAGGAGGCGCACAAGAUCGUCAAGAACGUCAUCAAGAUCGCGCUCAAGAUAGCCGUCCUCUACCGCAACAACUGCUUCAGCCCCGAGGAGCUGGAGACCGUGGAGCGCUUCCGGAAGAAGAUGAACCAGGCCGCCAUGACGGCGGUCAGCUUCCACGAGGUGGAGUACACCUUCGACCCCAACAUCCUCUCCGAGCUGCUGCUGGAGUGCAGAGACCAGCUGCACGAGCUGGUGGAGGCGCACCUGACCACCCGCUCACACGGUCGCAUUGACCACGUCUUCAACCACUUCGCCAGCGUGGAGUUCCUGGCCAUUCUCUACGGCUCCUCAGAGGAGUACGAACUCAGCCUGCAGAAAAUCUGCAGCGGGAUAAACAAACUGCUGGAUGAGGGCAUACUCUAACCCCCCCCACCCCAAUUCCAUUCGCCCACCUCCCGUGGCCAAGAAAGUCACAUUUCUCGAGCGCAGAUUUUUCCAAAUUUCAGAAAUGUAUUUUUUAAAAAUAUGUAAAAAAUGUAAUCAAUUAUCCCAACCUUCUUUCACAGAUGUAGUUUAAUAUAUGUCUUGCUGAAUAUAUCAUAUGAUUAUAUAUUUUGUAAGAAAAAAAGGUACAAAAUUGCAUGUGUAAGAGGUGGCAAUGAACAUGUUUUUAUUGAAUCAUAAUAUUUCCCCUCAUUGCUGUACAAUUUUUAUAUGCUGUAUUUUCUUAUUUUCAUAUAGUCAGAAUGUUUUUUUUGUUUUUUUUUACAGCUGCCAUAGCUGCCUGUCCCUGAAUGUUAUUUUGUACACUGUGUGACUUCCUGUCGAUUGCUCUGUGCCAAUCACCAGCUGAUGCACAUUUUACAGAACAUGUGCAUUUGCUAAAUAUGCAUUGACAUUUUCCUGUGAUUUGCAGUGUACAGCGAAUUAUUCUAAAUGUUAGAUUUGGCUGCCCUGAGGUGUGGCAUCAGCCUGGCUGAUUAUGGCUGGAAGGAUUCAUUCACUCCAUUUACCAAUGAGCCGAGUGAAUAUAUGGAACCGUGCAUAAAUCUGAA